AUGGCUACUCCGCCACCCAGCGAGCCGAAAGCAGCCGCGGCCCGCCUAUGCGGCGUAUGCGAGAAGGAGCCAGGCAAAUACAAAUGCCCGCGCUGCACCAUGCCAUACUGCUCGGUCGCCUGCAACCGUACCCACAAAGAAAACCACCCGCCUGACGAGCCAAAGAUCAAACUAGAGCCAGAGCCGCCUAGCCGCCUCCGCGGCGAGAACAGAGACGGGGAAGACAAACACCCCCUCAGAGGGAUACUCGAGUAUCAAGCCGAUAUGCAGCGGCUUUUUCACAAGUACCCCGGCCUCGAUGAGGAGCUCGAUCGGCUCCAGCGCACGACCCUGCCGCCGAGCCCCACCGCUAAUGGCGGCGGCGGCGGACUGCUGCCGUUUAAGAUGCACCAGCAGCCGAUGUGGUCGCGCGACAUAGGUCUACGGCGGGGCGUCGAGGCGCUGCGAAAAGCGAGAUGCAACCCGAGCUCACUCGGUGAUGGGGUCCGCGAGUUCUGCGACCUCAUACUGUUUGCGCUCGUGAACGAGGCACGGGAGACGAACGCCACGGAGCUGGUCCGCCAGGACGUCGCCGCCGAGGAGGCUAAGAUAGUCGAGCGCUUGCUGAGAGAGGAGAUAGAGAAAGAUCGAUAG